ACAACUUUACUGAAUUAGUUUAUCAGUUCUAGUAGUUUUUUGGUGGUCUUCAGGUUUUUCUAAUUAAAAGAUCCUAUCAUUGGCAAACAAGGAUAAUUUGACUUCUUUCUCUCCAAUUUGGAUGUCCUUUCUUUCUUUCUCUUGCCUGAUUGCUCUAGCUAGGACUUCCAGUACUAUGACGAAUAAGAGUGGUGAAAGUGAGCCUCUUUUUGUUGUAUUUCAGAUCUUAGAGGAAAGGCUUUCAGGUUUUUUUCCCAUUCAGCAUGGUACUAGCUGUGAGUCUACCAUAUACGACUUUUAUUAUGUUGAGGUUUGUUCUUUCUUGGAGUUUUUAUCCGGAACAGAUGUUGAGUUUUAUCAAAUGCUUGUUUUAGCAUCAAUUGAAAUGAUCAUUUUUUUCUUUUUGUCUUUCGUUCUGUUGAUAUGGUAUAUCACGUUGAUUGAUUUGCAUAUGUUGAACUAUUUGCAGCCCUGGGAUAAAUUCCAGCUGGUCAUGAUGAAUGGCCUUUUUACAUGAUGUUGAAUUUUGUUUGCUAGUAUUUUGUUGAGGAUUUUUACAUAAAUAUUCAUCAGUGAUAUUGGCCUAUAGUUUUAUUUAUUUUUUUUUAAUAUGUGCCUGGUUAAUAGUCAAGAGUAAUAAUGGCCUCAUAGAAUGAGUUUGGAAGUAUUCCCGCCUUCUUUAUUUUUUAGAAGUGUUUGAGUAGAAUUGGUAUUAGCUUUUCCUUAAAUGUUUGCUAAAAGUCUGCAGUGACUUUUAGUCAUCAGGUCCCAGGCUUUUCUUUGCUGGGAGACUUUUUGGCUUUGAUCUUGCUAUUUUUUAUUGCUUUGUUCAGAUUUUGGAUUUCUUCAUGGUUCAAUCCUACUAGGUUUUAUGUGUCUAGGAAUUUGUCCAUUUCUUCUAGGUUUUCCCAUUUAUUGGCAUAUACUUGCUCCUAGUAGUCUCUAAUGAUCCUUUUAAUUUCUACAGUAUUUGUUGUAAUGUUUCUUUUUUUCAUCUCUGAUUUUAUUUAUUUGGGUCUUUUUCUUUUUUUCUUAGUCUUACUAAAAGGUCACCAGUUUUGUUUAUCUUUUCAGAAAAACCAACCUUUUAUUUUGUUGAUCUUUUGUAUUUUAUUUUAAUUUCAUUUAUUUCUGCCCUGAUCUUUAUUACUUAUUUUCUUCUACUAAUUUUUGGUUUAGUUUGCUCUUGCUUUUCUAGUUCUUUAAGAUGCAUCACAAGAUUGUUUUUUCUGAUGUCACUUUGUAGUGCCCUUUUACUUUUAUUCUGGGCUAUGGAGAUUAGAAUGAGGUGCAGGUUCUGAGCCUAAGCCUCAGAGAGCUAGCAUGUUUUUUCUUGAUCCUCUGCCACUGCUGUGAGAAAAUGCUUAGUGGAAUCUGUUAGAGAGGAAGAACAAAUCCAGGUUGCCAUACCUGAAGCCAGCUAACCCUCAGACAUGUGAGGGUUAAAUGGGAAAAAACUUGAAGAAGGCAAUGAAGAUGUUGGAGGACAGUCAGAGAAGAACAGAAGAGGAAAAUGGAAAGAAGCUUGUGUCAGGGGAUAUUCCGGGGCCACUCCCGGGCAGUGGACAAGAUAUGGUGAGCAUCCUCCAGCUGGUUCAGAAUCUGAUGCAUGGAGAUGAAGAUGAGGAACCCCAGAGCCCCAGAAUCCAAAAUAUUGGAGAACAAGGUCAUAUGGCUUUGUUGGGACAUAGUCUGGGAGCUUAUAUUUCAACUCUGGACAAGGAGAAGCUGAGAAAACUUACAACUAGGAUACUUUCAGAUACCACCUUAUGGCUAUGCAGAAUUUUCAGAUAUGAAAAUGGCUGUGCUUAUUUCCACGAAGAGGAAAGAGAAGGACUUGCAAAGAUAUGCAGGCUUGCCAUUCAUUCUCGAUAUGAAGACUUUGUAGUGGAUGGGUUCAAUGUGUUAUAUAACAAAAAGCCUGUCAUAUAUCUUAGUGCUGCUGCUAGACCUGGCCUGGGCCAAUACCUUUGUCAUCAGCUCGGCUUGCCCUUCCCCUGCCUAUGCCGUGUACCCUGUAACACUAUGUUUGGAUCCCAGCAUCAGAUGGAUGUUGCCUUCAUGGAGAAACUGAUUAAAGAUGAUGUAGAACGAGGAAGACUGCCCCUGUUGCUUGUUGCAAAUGCGGGAACUGCAGCAGUAGGACACACAGACAAGAUCGGGCGAUUGAAGGAACUCUGUGAGCAGUAUGGCAUAUGGCUUCACGUGGAGGGCGUGAAUCUGGCAACACUGGCUCUAGGUUAUGUCUCCUCGUCCGUGCUGGCUGCAACCAAAUGUUAUAGCAUGACGAUGACUCCAGGUCCGUGGCUGGGUUUGCCAGCUGUUCCUGCGGUGACACCGUAUAAACACGAUGACCCCGCCUUGACUUUAGUUGCUGGUCUUACAUCAAAUAAGCCCGCAGACAAACUCCGUGCCCUGCCUCUGUGGUUGUCUUUACAAUACUUGGGACUUGAUGGGAUUAUGGAGAGGAUCAAGCAUGCCUGUCAACUGAGUCAACGGUUGCAGGAAAGUUUGAAGAAAGUGAACUACAUCAAGAUCUUGGUAGAAGAUGAGCUCAGCUCCCCAGUGGUGGUAUUCAGAUUUUUCCAGGAAUUACCAGGCUCAGAUCCGGUGUUUAAAGCUGUCCCAGUGCCCAACAUGGGCAGUUGGCCGGGAGAGGCUCACCCCAGACACAUGAGCAAUAAACUUGUAUGCCCCUGAGGAUUUACAAUUUUUUUUCUUUCUUUAUUUUUUAACCCUCAAUAUCUGGAGGAAGGAGGAUUUAUGAUUGAUACAGAGCAUUGUUGUGACAUUAGACAAUUGAUACUCUGACAUACCAACACUGAAUUAACAAUUUUUGUGACUGGGCAUUUCCAGGGUUUUUCUUUUCUUUUUUUUUUCUGUAAAAAUCUGUUUCAUUUCUCAUUAUUUUUCUCAGAACAUAUAUGUAAGAAUGAAUUUACUGUGUCAAAGAGCAUACAAGAAUCUCAGUACAUAGAAAAAUCCUUUUCAGAAAGGUUGUACCUACAAUGUAAUAUAGUUUACGAGACUGUCUCUUUUAUAAUCUUAUAAUCUUGAUGUUUGGCAUGUUUUCUCUUUUAAUAUUUUCUAGGCAUUAUUCAGUGAAGCUCAGUCUAUACUAUAGUGAUCUAUUCAUUGAACUUCUAUAGCAGUUACCAUCUGUCCUACAUGGUUAGUUUUUAUAAACCUCAUGAGUUAUUACCAUUUUUAUAUGUAUGUGUUUUUGUCUCCAACUAGGCUAUGUAUUUCUUUAGGGCACCAUAAAUAUAGCACAAUGCAUAGGUCCUCAAGUAUGUAGUUAGUACAAUCUGAUUUGAGCUACAUUUUGAAAAAUGAGUGGUCUUCUUGGUUGGACAUUGAUUUGCUUUAAUUCUUUGAGAGUCCAUUCAUGAGGCAAGAAGUCAAGCAAAUUUUUAAGGCUUUGGAAGGGUGGUAAAUAUAACUUGUAAAGGGAGUUGUUUGUAUUGGUCAAGACUUCAUUUUGUUUAUAGAAGCCAAAUCUGCAUCUAAUCUUAUACAUUGUUAAAUUUUAUAUGAGUAGUGCUAAUUAGUCAACCACAGAAGUCUGAUACUGUGGUAUUAGCACAGACUGUUCAAUUUUAACACACAGUAAAUUAUUUUCUUCCUACAGGUAACUUUAUUGUAUAUAAUGUCACAUAUGCUGUUUAUAAAUAAUCAUGUGGACAGAGAACCAUAAAUGACCUAUACAGAGAAGAAAAACAAUUGGGGAAUAUUCAAGAACUAGAAAAUAUACUGGGUAGUUUUCCUGUGUUUAUAGAUUUAGACCAGAAUAAUGCUGAUGGGCAGACCACUCAACAAAGGACAAGAUAAAUCAGUGUACAUCUGGAUUCAAGAGUGUUAUAUACUAAGAGAGUGUUGUAGAAGUCUCUGUGGAAUAUUACUAGAUUCCUAAGAUGAUGAUACUGAAUAGCCUGGAAUGUCUUGUUCUUUGUCUCAAGGAGAGUCUUUAAAAAGUCCACAUUCUGAUGGUAAAGUUCCUAUUUUGGCAUUUUGCCUUUUGUGAUAGUAGAUAGACUUUGACCCUAGGUAAAUUGGUGAUGGAGCAAAAGUUUAUUUAGGAUUGUUCCGUUUACACCUAACUCUUUGCCCUCCCUAGUCAUGUUUUUCCUCUUGCUUUCUUUAUAGGAAAUGGUCUGAUACUCAUAGUCAGGGAAAAAUAGUUAUGGAUUAAAGUAUUAUUCUUGAGAGUAUAUCAUCUUUGUCAGGGAACAAAGAUGCUUAUUUGCACUUGUGUUCUUGUCCUUCCACCAUCACCACUGGAAAAACAUUUCUGGGUAGUCACUGCCUCCCCAAUAGGACUCAGGAUGGAACUUUUGAAGCAGUGUUACCCCAAACAACUCAAACCCAUAAAUACAAGAAUAAAUGAUUAUUAUUUUAAGGCACUGAGUUUUGGGGUGUUUUGGGGGUGGUUUCUUAUGCAGCAUUAUUGGCAAUAACUAACUGAUACUCUAUAUAUUUACAAUUCAUUUCACUGUGCAACUUCUGAUGGGUAAUACUUGGUCUGAUUAUAGAAUUAGGGCAACCUUCUUUCCCCAAACACCUACUACGGUUAAAGUUCAGAUGAGAGUAGAUGUACCCUUAUAGAUUCCUUUAAAGUAGCCUGACUUUUCUGCUACUGUUUUCUUGAGUGGGUACAAAAAUUACCUUUAGUGAAUCCCCAUGCAUCAUUUCUACACAGUACAGGUUUUACUGGUUUUAAUAGUACUCUGGGGCCAGGCGUGGUGACUCACGCCUCUAAUCCCAGCACUUUGGGAGGCUGAGGCGGGUGGAUCACAAGGUCAAGAGAUUGAGACCAUCCUGGUCAACAUGGUGAAACCCCGUCUCUACUAAAAAUACAAAAAAUUAGCUGGGCAUGGUGGCAUGUGCCUGUAAUCCCAGCUACUCAGGAGGCUGACGCAGGAGAAUUGCCUGAACCCAGGAGGCGGAGGUUGUGGUGAGCCAAGAUUGCGCCAUUGCACUCCAGCCUGGGUAAUAAGAGCGAAACUCCAUCUCAAAAAAAAUAAAAGUACUCUGGAAGGUGGCUUGAGGUGGAGGAGUGGUAUGGUUUGACUCUGUGUCUCCACCCAAAUCUCCACCCAAUUACAAUGUUGAAUUGUAAUUCCCAGUGUUGGGGGAGGGACAUGGUGGGAGGUGAUUGGAUCAUAGGGUGGUGGUUUUCCCUAUGCUGUUCUUGUGAUAGUAAGUGAGUUCUCAUGAGCUCUGAUGGACAUCAGUGUUUGGCACUUCCCCUCAUCCCCUCUUCUGCCACCAUGUAAAGAAGGCGCUUGCUUUCCGUUUGCCUUCUGCCACGAUUGUAAGUAUCCUGAGGCCUUCUAGUGAUGCUUCCUAUUAAGCCUGUGGAACCGUGAAUCAAUUAAACCUUUUUUCUUCAUAAAUUACCCAGUCUCAGAUAGUUCUUUAGAGCAGUGUAAAAACAGACUAAUAUACAAGGAGGGAUUGGGGAGGCUAAGAGGACAUGACUCCAAGUGUUUGCAGUCUUACUUCAGAGUGGGCAGCCUCUUACUUUAGAUAUUGGCUUGUGGUGGUGUCAGUAUCCUCGUUUUGAUCCUGUACUAUGUUAUGUGAGAUGUUACCAUUGGGGGAGACUUCCUAGUUGACCCACGAACAAUAUGGGUUUGAAUUGCGUGGGUUCACUUGUAGUUGGAUUUUUUUUCAGUAAAUAUAUUGGAAAACAUUUUGAAGAUUUGCAAUAGUUUGAAAAAACAGACAAACCAUGUAGCCUAGAAAUAUCAAAAAAUUAAGAAAAAGACAUGGCAUGAAUGCAUAAAAUGUAUGCUAGUCUAUUUUAUCAUUUACUACCAUAAAAUAUAUGCACAUGUAUUAUAGAAAGUUAACAUUUAUCAAAACUUACACACAGCAACACAUCUUAUACAUGGUGCCAUUCACCUUCCAAGAAAUGUAAACAGAUGUAAAAAUGUAGUAUUCAGUCAUAACUUCAUAAAAUUAACUGUACUGACACUGUAGUAUUAUAAUAAUUUUGGAGCCAUUUCCUGUUGCUAUUGUAGUGAGCUCAUGUUGGGAGUAUCCAGUUGAAAUGCCAUAUUACUCUAAUCAUCUCUGCAUGAGCAGCUCAUUUCUCUGGUAAAUUGCUUAUCACAGUAAAAAGUGAUUGAUCUUUGUUGGUUCUUGCAUAUUUUUCACUGUGUUCAGUGCAAUACUGUAAGCUUUAAAUAACACCAUGUGACCUCUAUGAAAUGCCACUAGUAAUGUUGAAAGUGCUCCCAAGAAGCAGAGAAAAAUCAUGACAAGAAAACAUUGAGUUGCUUGAUAUGUACUGUAGAUUGUGGUUUGCAGCUGUGUCCACCAUUUCAGAUGGUUCACCUUGUAAACAGAUGAUGUCAGCUUACAGUAUCGAUAAAUACAACACAGUACUGUAAAUGUAUUUUCUCUUGACUUUCUUAAUAUGUUCUUUAGCUUACUUUAUUGUAGGAAUACAGAUGUAUAUAUAUAACUUAUAAAAUAUGUGUUAAUUGA